AUGAUCCUCACGGGCUAUGCGGCCUUGAACAAGCUCUUGGGCAAGAACGUCUACUCCUCUCAGGACCAGCUGGGAGGACCCCAGAUCAUGGUUCCCAACGGUGUCACGCAUCAGGCCGGCGCAGGACCGGAAGCCUUUUUGGUAAAUUUCUGGGGCGGAAUGGUUUAG